AUGGGGGCCGAGGCGCCCUACCCGGCGAUUGGAACCUUUCAGGCCUCACUCUCAGGCCUAAGGUCCCUCAGGGUCGCCUGGGCCAACUGUGAUGGGCCCCAGGGUCUCUCUCAAGAUCCUGGGGGGUCCUCUGCUCCAGCCCUGCCCCAGGAGGGGUCCUCUGCUCCAGCCCUGCCCCAGGAGGGGUCCUCUGCUCCAGCCCUGCCCCAGGAGGGGCCCCCGGCUCCACCUCUGCCCCUGGAGGGGCCCCCGGCUCCACCUCUGCCCCUGGAGGGGCCCCCGGCUCCACCUCCGCCCCUGGUGGGGCCCCCGGCUCCAGCUCCAGCUCCGCCCCUGGAGGGGCCCAUGGCUCCAAUUUCGCUCCUGGAGGGGUCUCCGGCCCCAGUUCCAGUUCAGCCCCUGGAGGGGAAUCCUGUUCCGGAGCCAGUUUCACCCUUGGAGGGGUCCCCGGCCCCGGAUCCCGUUCUACCCUCGGAGGGGCCCUCGACCCCGGAUCAUGUUCUGCCCCUGGAGCGGCCUCCGGAUCCUGUUCUGCCCCCGGAGGGGUUCCGCCACCACCGGUCCCAGUCCGGCCAUCAGCACGGCCCCCGGAGGGUCCCCGUCGGGCCAGCUGCCGGUUCCCAGCCCGGCCCCCAGAAGGGUCCCCAUCGGGCCCGCCGCCGGUUCCCAGCCCGGCCUCCAGAGGGUCCCCGUCGGGCCUGCUGCCGGUUCCCAGACCGGCCUCCAGAAGGCCCCAACCGACUUAGCUGCCGGUUCCCAGCCCAGCCGCCGGAGGACCUCUGUCGGCCUGGCUAUCAGUUCCCGGUCCAGCCCCAGUCUGUCCAGCCCCCAGGCUGUCCUCCGGAGUGGUCCUUUCAGCCUGUCCAGCUCCAGCCUGUCCAGCCCCUGGACCGUCCUCCAACGUUGUCUCCCCCACCCGCCCUGUCCAAGCCCGCCUGUCCCUCGGGCCGACCCCCGGAGCGGUCCCCCCUGCCGGAUCCCUGCCAGUCCCUAAGUCACCCUGCCGCAGGAUAA